AUGAACCUAUCCUUGAGCCAGUGCAGAGGGCAGUGUUAUGACGGGGCCAGCAACAUGACCGGAGCGAAGCGUGGUGUGGCGACCAACAUCUUAGCAAAGGAGGAGCGAGCUGUGUUCACGCACUGCUACGGACAUGCACUCAAUCUGGCCGUUGGGGACUGUGUACGUCAGUGCAAGCUCUUGCGCGACACCAUGGAUACAGUGCAUGAAGUCUCCAAACUGAUUAAGUAUUCACCAAAGAGGGACAGUACCUUACAGACCCUGAAGGAGGAGAUGAGCCCCGAUACCCCUGGUUUCCGUGUACUGUGCCCCACGAGAUGGACAGUGCGUGCAGCAAGCCUGUGUAAUGUCUUAGACAACUACACUGUGUUACAGACCUUGUGGGACACCUGCUACGAGCAGACCAAAGACUCGGAGAUCCGUUCCAGGAUAGUAGGCGUGCGGUCCCAGAUGGAGAGCUUCGACCUCUUCUUUGGUGUCCAUCUGGGUUACAUCAUCCUGCGACAUACAGACAACUUGAGCCGCACCCUACAACAGAAGGACAUGUCCGCAUCAGAGGGUCAGGCAGUUGCUUCAAUGACGGUGGAAACAUUGACCAGCAAGCGCUCCGACGAUGCCUUCGACAAGUUUUGGGUUGACGUCAACAGCCAGCUCGAUGACGUCGACGUAGGAGAGCCAGUGGUUCCCAGGCGACGCAAGAUGCCGAAACGCUAUGACGUUGGAACCGGGGCCCACGAGUAUCCAGCCACAGCACGUGAUCGGUACCGCCAGGUCUACUUUGAAGCAUUCGAUUUGGUGAUCGCGUGUAUCAAGGACAGAUUCGAUCAGCCAGGCUACAAAACCUACAGAUCCCUCCAAGACCUUCUGGUGUGCUGCGCCUGUGGUGGUGACUACGCCACUCAUCUGCGGAGCGUGAUGGACUUCUACAGGGACGACUUCAACGAGCAGGCGCUCACCACUCAGCUGGAGACGUACCAGGUCGCCGUACGGGACAAGAAGGUCAAGACCAUCACGGACAUUGUCACGUUCUUCCGCGACUUGUCUCCUGAGUCUCGCCUCUUUUUCUCGGAGGUGAUGCGCGUCCUCCGCCACAUCCUGGUAAUGCCCGCCACCAACGCCACCAGCGAGAGGUCCUUCUCCGGCCUAAGACGCCUGAAGACGUACCUCCGGACGUCUAUGACACAGGAGAGACUCACCCACCUCAUGACGCUCCACGUGCACAGGUGUGCUACCGACGCAAUGGACUUGUUAGAUGUUGCCAAUGAGUUCGUCAGUGUGAAUGAAUCACGGUUAGCUAUCUUCGGGAAGUUUUCAUAG